AUGUCUAACAUUGUUACUACGACAACUAGUACAACUACAACUACAAAUACUGCCCCUAGUCCAAUCGAUACUGGAGAUAAUGCUUGGAUGAUGACAUCAACAGCCUUAGUAUUAAUGAUGACUCCAGCAUUAGCAAUUUUCUAUGCUGGUUUAGUUCAUCGGAAAAAUGUCUUAAAUCAACUAUUUUUAGUAUUUCUAUGCAUGGGAGUUGUUUUUGUUCAAUGGGUAUUAGUUGGUUUUUCAUUUGCAUUCGGUGAUCCAGUUAGUGUUGGAUUUGGAUCAUUUGCUGAAGCUGCAUUACGUUUUAGUGGGGAUCGAUUUGAUCCAGUUUAUUGUCCAACGUAUUCACUUUUAACUUAUGCUGCAUAUCAAGGUACAUUUGCCAUCAUCACAUGUGCAAUUAUAUCUGUUGUCGGUAGAAUUCGAUUGGUUCCUUAUAUAAUAUUCAUAUUCGUUUGGACUACAGUAUGUUAUGAUCCAAUGGCUCAUUGGGUUUGGGGUUCAAAUGGUUGGUUAAAAAAUUUGGGAACAUUAGAUUUUGCUGGUGGAACUGUUGUUCAUAUUCUGUCGGGAGUUUCUGGUAUAAUUGCUGCACUUAUUAUUGGAAAACGGCACGAUUAUGAUUACCAACCAAACACUGCUCACAACCUUCCAUUAACAGUAUUAGGCACUGGUCUUCUCUGGGUGGGUUGGGCUGGGUUCAAUGGUGGUUCAGCUGGUGCAGCCAAUGGUUUAGCAUCACUUGCUGCGAUAAAUACAAAUGCAGCUGCAGCGUCUGGCUUGUUAACAUGGAUUCUAUUAGAUCUUAUUCGUGGUCAAGUAUCAAUAUCAGGUGCUUGUUGUGGUCCCUUAAUUGGUUUGGUCGCAGUAACACCUGCAUCUGGUUUCAUUCAGCCUGGUUGGGCUCUUCUUUUCGGAAUAAUAGCAACUUGUAUUAUUUAUAUUGCUCUUCUCUAUAAACAUCGACUUGGAAUAGAUGACACACUCGAUGUUGGUAUUAUGCAUGGUGGAGGUGCUUUCUUAACAGGAUUAUUUAGUCAACGAUCAAUGAAUACAAUAAAUGGUGCCGAUGGUGCUUUCUAUGGUAAUCCAAUUCAAAUGUGGUAUCAACUAGCUGGAAUUCUUACUGCAAUUGGUUUUAGUGGUGCAUGUACACUUGCGAUUCUAUUACCUUUAAAAUGGACAAUCGGUAUUCGUAUUUCAAUUCAAGAUGAAAUUGCUGGUCUCGAUUGGGCAGUUCAUGGUGAAAGAUGGGAAGUUGCGGGAAAUGAGAAUAAACCGAAUAGAGUGGCUACAACGAUAUUCAAACCUACUGUUAAUAGUAUUUCAAGACGGCAUCAAAGAACUUCAGCUGGUAGUCAAUCUCGAUUACGAGCAUUGAAACUUCGAAAUCAAUCUGGUUUAUCAGCUGGUACAGUUGUUCGCUCUAUGAAACCCGUCUAUACUUUACCAGUUUAA